AUGUCAACCGACAACAGGCAGACGACAUCUGAAGUGGAGGCCAACUUCCUCCGCUGGUUCCGCCAAUCCGGAGGGACCCUCGACCAACGAUGCCGUAUCCAACCCAUCCCUGGCAUGGGCAGAGGCAUGGUCGCCACAUCCCCCAUUAAAGCAGGCGACACCAUUUUUGUGAUCCCUCGUCACGUAUUGCUCAAUCUUGCUACAUCAACUCUCGCUCAACGAUGCACAGAAGCUGAAGCCUCCACUUCCUCCUCAAGUAGCUCCUCUUCGGAUGCGCUGACUUGGAAGCAGAUCAGCAAAAUGGGCUGGCUACCUCUCAUAUUGGCCAUGAUGUACGAGCGUAGAAGAGCCGCCAAACUCUUCUCCGCAUCAACGUCGAGAUCAAGUGCUGAAGACGGAGAUGUGUCGAUGGAGAACCUUGAAGCAGCACCAUCGAAUAACAUCGCUCAGGUCGAAGGCACCGAUGAGGAGGGCGCAGCAUACCGCGAAGCUCCACGACAGUUUGGUGAGCAAAAUUGGGGAGCGUACUUUGAAAUCAUGCCAACAGAGUUCAGCACGCCGAUGUUCUGGCAAGAAGCAGAUCUGAAACAUUUGGCAGGCACUUCGAUCGCGGAUAAGAUCGCGAGAGAUGAGGCUGAGGCGGAUUACCACAUUAAGGCGCUUCCCUACAUUCAAUCGCUACCAGAUGUGUUCCUGGAUGGCGUCGAGAGUGAGGAGCAGCGUGAUGCAGAGGUUCGGGAAUGGUACCCGCUCGAGACAUACCACAUUAUGGGAUCGAGGAUUUUGAGUCGCAGCUUUCACGUCAAGAGUCGGAAGAAAGGAUUGGAAGGGAAGACGGUUGAUAUGGACGAUCUGGACGAUGAUGAGGACGAGGAGGUUGAUGAGUCCGAAGCGGAAGUGCUGGAAGAUGAGGGUGAGGCCGAUGCAGCAGAGGCCAGGACGGAUGAUGAAGCGGACGAAAGCAAACAAGAUGAUGGAGAAGUGGAUGAGACCAAAGACGACGGCAACGAAUCAGACGAAAGCGAUGAUGAUGAUGAUGAUGAUGACGACGAAGAAGAGCAAGAGCAAGAAAACGUGAUCGAUAUCUCGAUGACUCCCAUGGCAGACAUGCUCAACGCGCGAUUCGAAUCCGAUAAUGCCCGACUUUUCUACAAGUCGCACGUCCUCGAGAUGCGAGCUACCAAACCCAUCUCUGCCGGUGAACAGAUCUUCAACACCUACGCCGACCCACCGAACAGCGAUCUCCUACGUCGAUAUGGUCACGUUGACGAACCCAACGGAAGCGAUGUAGUCGAACUCGAUGCGAAACUCAUCCUCCAAGCUACCUUCUCCCACCUUUCCUCUCUUCUCCCUCGCAAUGAAGAAGAUCUGAAGAAGGAUCUAGAAGAGAGACUGGAAUGGGCAUGUUCAUCCCUCGGCAUUGACGAAGUGUUCAUCCUUAACUACCUCUUCACACCGUCUAAAAAGCCGCCACACAGAGCAGAGCCCGAGAAACCGAGCCCAAAAGAACUCAAAGCAGCAGCCACUGGCGGCGGAAUCUCCGAAGAGAUGAUCGCUCUCGCCCGCGUCCUUACUCAGUCAAGGGAGACGUUCGAGAAGGCGAAAGCGAAAGGAAAAGGUCCGAGUGCGAGAGUGGAAGCGCAAGAAGAACACUCUUUGGAAGGAGGCAAGACUGUGCGUGUCUCUGUCAGUGAGAUUAUGAUGAAUGCGAUCGAUCUCAGGCUGAGAGAUUAUCCAAAUGGUGGUUCGGUCGAGGAGGAAGAAGCAAAGUUGUACGGAAGCCGGAAGGGUGAGGUGAGUGGAGAGAAUGAGAGAAGGGCACUGGUGGUGAGGUUGGGAGAAAAGAGGGUGUUGAUGGAUCAGAAGAGAGUGCUCAAGUACGUGUUGGAGAGGUUGAAGGAGGCAGAAGCAGAGAAUGCGAAGAAGAAAAAGGAUCUCAAGGACGCAGGCAAACGUAAAGGAGGAAGCUCGAAUGGGAAACCUCGCAACAGCGGUAGUGACAAGAAGAAGCAGCGUCGCUGA